CUUCACAAGUUAUUAGAACCAAAGAUUUGAAAGCAGUCACUGAUUACUGUGUGAUAGCGAUAGCUAGGGAUGUGCCAGCUCCUGUAACACAGGUGGUAGAACAACAGUAGUGCGCGACAUACUACACAGCCAGUUUUUUUUUACACAUUUAAUUGUGAAAUUAAGAAAAUAUAAACAAUAUCUAUAUUCACUAGGAUAGGUACGUGACUUUUUUUUUCCUACCAACUUUAAAGUCGACAAGAAAAUGGAAUAAAAAGGAACUGAAUACGUUAUUAAAAUUACAAAAACUUUUAUCGCAAAGCAGUGGUUUGUAAUCUCACACUAAAAGAUGACGCUUUUAGUUCAAGUUUUUAUAUUGAUCAUUUCACUGAGUAGAAUUAAAUCAGAUUUUUGUGACAAUACAGCCACUAGCAGUCCUAAUGCCCCUCAGAUGCCUGGCUCAAUACAAGAUACGAACUCAUACCAGGCACGAGUUGAAGUGAACAUACUAGACAAGAACUAUUCUAUGGUUGUUGACGAGUACUUGGACUAUCCAGGCAACAGGGGUCUUCUGAAGGCCUACCGCAAUGGGAAAAACUACCAGCUUCUCUAUUCCUACGCUACUGGCGAGGUGUUUCAUAUGUCUUUAGACGAUCAGACUUGUAAAGUGAUGAACAUAUCCGAUGACCCAACCAGCUUUAUAUUUGGGCCAGUGCAUUUCGAUCAAACUCAAGGCGCUCCUCAGACCAAAAUUUUUGGCAGCGCUGCGGCACUGAGGUUUGCUGCCGGUUUGUCAGACGUUUACAAUGGUACAGGUACUGUGAGGGGAAUACCUGCAGACAUUUGGACUACUUGCAUGAGUUGGCCUAAUGUUCGAGGGCUUUUAAAGGCGACGUUUUAUUUUAGCCAACUAGGCUGGACUUCAUCGUCGCCACUUCAACAGGUGCCCCUGAGGAUUGAAAUAGAAGGUUAUACCACUUCUUUGGGCAUUGGAGUCACUGCUGGUCCUGGCGUCCCAACGAUUUCCCCGAAUUCUCCUCGGCACUUCCAUCACAUGUAUGACUUCAUCAAUUACCUCCCAUACAUCGAUGCGGACCCUUCAAUAUUUGAGACACCACCUGGCAUAGUGUGUAGAAAAAGAGUAAACACACACCCUCUUCCGCAAUUCAAAAAUUCGUUCACUUACAGAACAGAAAUUGUUGACUCAAAUAGCGAGCUAAUAACACAUUACGCUGUUUGGUAUAAUGGAGAUCUCAAGAUGGUCAGAGAAGAUAAACGAACAGUAAACCCAGAUCCUGUUUUAAAUACCAAAGAUGCUAUAACUGAAAUUCAUGAUUUUGAAACAGGAGUGCGAUAUGUUAUGGACCAGGAAGGAGGUUGUGCCAUUCGCCCUGUAGACACACAAGCCACCGAUUCUAAAGAGGAUAUAGCCAGAUUUAAAUUUAACCAGUCACUUGUUGUAGAUAUUAGGGAUCCCAACAGUUUUUUUAGUUUCAAUGAUAACUAUAAAUAUGUUGGUCAGCGGACAGUACGAGGUUUAGAGUGUGAUGUCUACAAUGCUAUAAUUCCAAAUUUUCCAGUUAGCGGCACAUUUGUCAAUGCUACUUUUGAAUAUUUAUUUCUAGGAGAGGACUGGCGGGAUCUCCCAUUAGAUGGUCUAGAUAGUGAUGUUAGAGCUUAUCCUGUUCAGCUUGUUAUUUCUGCACCAUCUGUUUAUUACACAAGAGUCUACAACUUCUAUGAUUAUGCAGAAACAUUUCCCAUUGAUGGCAUUUAUGAUGUGUCCCAAUGCUUUCCUGAAAACCAAAAGCUUUACUUCAGAUUGGCUUUUCCCACUUAUUUUAGCCCGAAGACUGAAUCUGCAUGGAUCAAAGCUGUACAUAUGGGUUUGUUGACAACUAUGCAAGUUCAUCCUAUUCGAAUAACAGAUAUCUCAGUGGAGGGACAAGACUUUAAUACUUAUGUGAAUGUUGUCCUUCUGGGUACAGCCAACGCAGCUCAGUUUGAAAAGAUCCCUGCAUCGACUGUGGAACACUUGGAUUCAAAAGUCUUUAAAGGUGUUACAUUACCUGAUGAAUGUGCAGACCUGUGCAUCAGAAACUCAGACUUCACCUGCCAAGCUUUUCAAUAUUGUCCUCUUGAUGGCUUUGCUUGCAGGCUUCUUCAAAAACGUGUUCCAACAACUGAUGUCUUAGUAAAUGCCACCCAAUGUGAUGCUUUCUCACGUACUAUUGUAGGAACAGGUGUGAGAGAGCCAUUUAUAAGAGAAGCUUUCAAUAGUCUAGCCCAGGCUGUAGCUGCUGGAAAGUUCAUUGUUAUGAUUCCUAACUUUUCUAUGGGGGAUAAUGAACCUCAAAAAGCCAUAAAUGUUAAGAUUUUAUCAGGUCAGCCAUUAAAAAAUAAAACUUUGCCCAUGCUGCCCACACAGUUCUCAUACCGACUGGAAACAGUUUUACCUCAGCUCAACAGAGUUGUUGAGACAUUUGUCUGGUAUGACAGCAUGAUGGACAUAGUUCGCUACGACACUAGAGAUGCAUACAGCUCCACACCAGUUAUGACUACAUAUAUUCAUGACUUUGUCACAGGUGUGGCCUACCAGAUCAAUGAAGUGACCAAACAAUGUUUCAUCAAGCCGAUUGCACAAGGAAGUUUUGAUGUGGUCACUGGACAGUCCACUCAAGAUGGCAGCUUGAUUGUGUCAUUGAAAUCUCCACAGAGCAUGUUUUAUUUAGAUGAUUCAUACAUCUAUGUUGGUGAGAAAACAGUGAGAGGAAUACUUUGUGAUGUGUUUGAAUCUAGACGCAAGGAUUUUAAAAUUGGUGCUUACAACAUAUCUUCUUCAAGUGUAUUCAAGUUCUAUUUUCAGUCUGAUGGCUGGGAUUAUGUUGCUCCUGAUAGUACAGACAUCACUCGCAACCAGCCAGUCAUGCUAGAGAUUCAAGAUAUUACUACUGGUUCUUUUAUAACGACCAAUUUCUACGACUUCAAUGAUCAGCAUUACACUGUCAACUUUUACGACACAUCACCUUGUAUUGAUCCCAAAGAGAAACAAAGUUUCAUUAUUAUUUUUAAAAAUCAACCGUACCAUCCUAUCCUGGACCAGGCUUCUACCAGUUUCCUGAAUGAUGCAAUUGUUCUGAUGUCUGAGAUCACCAUGUCUUCACCUAUUAGAUUCCAGCAAGCUUCAGUCACUUAUGAUGACACUAGUGUCUACAUCAAAGCUACUGCCCUGGGAUCAAUACCUCCUUUUGCUCAGUUUUCUAGGGUGAUGGAUGUGGGUAUGAAUGAUUCAGCUAACUAUGUCUAUGUCAAUACGCCUGCUGACUGCGCUGCAUCAUGUCUCUCAAACCCAACAUUCACCUGCAACAGUUUUGACCUCUGCAAUGACCCAGUGUUGGGUCAGAGAUGUCUCCUGGGACAGCGGCAUAAAGAAAGUGAAGGGGAUCCCCUGACUGCGUCCAAUGUCCUGAAAAUAUGCACACAUUAUUCACGAUCUGAGAAUGUUAGCUUCCCUCAGCUGGAUGUAGAGAAAAUGUAUGAGAUGAUCACAGACAAUGUGUAUGAUAAUUUAUUCCAGAUAACAAUGUUUCUACCAAAUAACAUGAACAGGACUUAUGUUGCCACAGAUAUAAGAAACGAUCUACUGUUACCAACAGAUCCCAAAGGCACGCCUGGUAGCUUUUUAAGGAGAUUUGUGGUCAACCCUCGGGCCAGUCUUGUGGACAGUGUGGUCAAUGUGACACAUAGCAUGGUCAGUGUGACAGAUUGUGCAGCUUUUUGCCUCAAGGAAAACACAUUUUCUUGUGAAACAUUUGACUACAAAUUUACUACUGGGUUUUGUCGUCUGUCUUCUAUUCAUCCUGAUGAAUUUGGUAAUGGCUCUUCAGUGCUCAACCGGUCAUUUGAUACAACAGUUUAUUCUCGCUUAUACACUGACGAGUAUAAAAAGUAUGACCUGCAAGAGUUCACCCUGACAGGCGACAAGAUCAUACAAGGGGUCACCAGCGAUGAGAUGUGUGCCAAGAGCUGUUCAUCCAACCCAGAUUUUAGGUGCGAGUCCUUUGACUAUUGCACAGAUGGCAGCUGUAUUCUGAGAAAGCUGCACAAGUUCACUGCUAGCUCUGGUCCAUUACAAGCAUUUUCCUGCAGUCAUUACUCUCGAAACCAUCUUUAUGACUAUAUUCUCCGGGAUCACAAGACAUUGCAGAUACAAUUUGAUAGUGUUGCUAAGGUCUCCAGUGCAGCAGAGUGUGCUGACCUGUGCUCUAGUGGAACUGGACUGCCAGGAUGUGCCACUUUCACCCUGUGCAGCGUGGAGAGGGGAGACAAACAAUGCUCGAUGACCACAUCUGAUCUCACCGUAUCCAAGAACAUUGUUGUAGUGGACAACCUUCAGUGCUCACUUUACACACGGGCAAACCCUUUGAUUGCUGCCAGCACCACUGUCAGUGGAUCAUCAGUUUCAGCUGCCUCAAGUGUAUCAACGACCAGAAGUGCAUCAGGAUCAAGUAUCUCAUCCACAUUAAGUACAACCACAACUACUACAACUACGACAACCACCAGUUCAAGUAGCAGUGCCGCCCCUAGUAGUACAUCCCCAUCCUCUGUAACAGAUAAUGGACUAUGUUCUUCUUCUGAUGCUGACUCCUCAGACACAGGACCACGAGUGGGCAUUGCUUUUGGUACUUUGUUCCUAGGCCUCCUGAUAGGUGCUCUCUGUGUGUUCCUGUUUAUGAGGAAUCACAUCAACAAACCUCUGGUACAGGACAUACAGAUGUUGAAGACAUUAAAAAAUUGACCAGGACUUAAACCAGUCCUGUGCAUCUCCUGCCUUGCCUGAGCAAACUGUAUCAUAGAUGGAUGAACACUGAUAAUAUAUUGUAUGAUUAAUUGAAUUUAUAAAGUUUGCUUUGACUUGAUUAAAGUUAUAUGUGAACAAUUAUCGAUUAAAAUGUUAAUGUUGAAAAAAAUGAUGAAAAGGAACAAUUUAAAUAUGCUUAAUUUAAAUAUUUUUGCUGUUAAAAUGACUUCACAAAUUCUAGUCAGACAUUUUUUUUUUAAACCUAGAUGUAGAAUUUCAAGUAGUGUAUAUGUCUAUAAUCUGAUUCACUUUUUUUGUGUGCAAUAGUUAUGUUUAUCUAUACAUUUCUGAUCAUUAAAAUAAAAUGAACUUUAA